AGUCAAUGACAUCUCACUUUGCCUCUCAAGACUAUUUACCAUCGACAGUGUCUAUAGAUUUCAGGUUUACCCUUAGCGUAUAAGUACCGACUCGUCUUGUCCCUUCCUCUUCCGACUACCUGUGAACUGAACCACCCGUCACUGUCUCUUCUUGUACAAGGAAGCAGCAGAGAAAGAAGCGAGGUGUGCUCGAGGAAGAUUGCGUAGACUCAAAAUGAGGGCCGGGUCGGGUUUCAACGCAACGGCAACGGCAGCGGCGGCGCCGGUGUACACGGGUGGCCACCACUCGCCGGUGCCGUACCUCUUCGCUGGCGUGGCGGCGACGCUGGGGCUCACCGCCUGCGCCCUCCUUGUUCUCGCUUGCUUCUGCUCGAAGUUCUAUGACCGCCUAGAGAGCCGCGACGCCGGUGCCAGCAGCGGCGCUGCCGCAGGCGGUGGCGUGGGGUUGUGUGAGGAGGUGAUCGUGGUGGUCAUGGCGGGGGAUGAGAAGCCGACGUUCCUGGCGGCCCCGACGUCGAGCCGGGCGUCCUCCUUUGUGGAUUGGAGCUGCAAGAAGGAUGAUGAUGAGGAGGAGGGGGAGGAGGAGAAGGUUGAGGGGAGUAAGAGGACCGACCGGAAAAGCAGCCCAGACUAAGGAUCAAAGCCAAGACAUGGAAGGUUGAUGUCUUUUCCUUGUGUGUCUUCCUCCGGUCUAUUGAGCCUGCAGGGUUUGUUCUUCAUGUAAUGAUUGACUGUAGUGGUCUCAGAGCUUGCAGAUGUUAUCAGUUCUUUCUCCUACCUUGAUGAACUUGUUGUGUUCA